AUGGUUGCCAUUACCCGCGUCGCCGUGGCGGCCUCUCUCCUCCUGACCGGAGCUGUUGCUCACCCGGGUGAGGAGCAUGACCCCCAGGUCCACAAGCGUGAGAUGGCUCUUCGCCGCUCCGUUGCCGCCAACAACCGCCGGGCUCUCAACGCUUGUGCCGGCUCUGCCGCCGAUGUCGCCCUCAAGCAGCGCGCCAUCCAGCGUCGUGAUGCCAAGCUCAAGGAGCUCCGCGCCAAGCGAUCUAUUGCUGCCAAUGCCCCCAUCCGCCGCCGCACUGAGGAGAACCUGAACACCUGGGCGGCCGUUGAUCACGCCUCUUCGGCGGGAUACACUCUCGAUACCGACCCUGCGACUCUCUUCGCCCAGAAUGCUAGCUGUGUCGUCGUUCCCGAGACCACUAUCGGUCCCUACUGGGUUGCUGGCGAGCUCAUCCGCAGCGAGAUGACCGAUGGCCAGUCUGGUGUGCCUCUGCAUCUCGAUGUCCAAUUUGUUGAUGUCGCUACCUGUGCUGGAGUGCCCGAGAUCCUGAUCGACGCUUGGCACUGCAACGCUACCGGCGUCUACUCCGGUGUCUCCGCCACAGGUCAGGGCGGCCUCAACUCCACCUUCGGUCGCGGUGUUCAGCAGACCAAUGACGAUGGUGUUGUUGAGUUUGAUACCAUGUUCCCGGGCCAUUACACUGGCCGUGCUACUCACAUUCACGUCAAGAGCACCUCCGGCGCUACCGUCCUCGACAAUGAUACCUAUGUCGACGGUACCACCAACCAUGUCGGCCAGCUCUUCUUCGAUCAGUCCCUCAUUUCCGAAGUUGAGGCCGUCACCCCUUACAGCACCAACCAGCAGGAGUUGACUCUGAACUCUGCCGAUAGCAUUGCUUUCGGCGAGGCCACCGAUGACUACGACCCGUUUGUCCAGUACGUUCUCCUCGGCGACGACAUCUCUCAGGGUGUUCUGGCCUGGAUCACCGUUGGUAUCAACACCACUGCCGACUACUCCAGCUCUGCCAGCGCUGCCGCUCACUACUAUGCCGGCGGCGGUGUCGACACCUCCUCUGGAAACUCUGGCGGUGGCCCUGGAGGAGCUGGUGGCCCUCCCAACGGCACCUUCCCCAGCGGCGCUGCUCCUAGCGGUGCUGGUCCCAGUGGUGCUCCUCCUGCCAGCUCUGUCUCUUCUUCUGCUGUCUCUGCCACUCCCUCUACUUCCGGAGGCUCCUGCAAGCGCAAGGCCAAGCGUCACUAA